AUGGGGCGGUACUCGGGGAAGACGUGCCGCCUCAUCUUCAUGCUGGUGCUCACCGCCGGCUUCUUCGUGGCUGAGCUGGUGUCGGGCUACCUGGGCAACUCCAUCGCACUGGUGUCCGACUCCUUCAACAUGCUCUCGGACCUCAUCUCCCUCUGCGUGGGUCUCUCCACGGGGCGCAUCGCCCGCCGCAGCCGCCGGGGCCCCCGUGCCACCUACGGCUACAGCCGCGCCGAAGCGGUGGGGGCCCUCAGCAACGCCGUCUUCCUCACCGCCCUCUGCUUCACCAUCUUCGUGGAGGCCAUCCUCCGCCUCGCCCGGCCCGAGCCCAUUGAUGACGCCCAGCUGGUGCUCAUCGUCGGCACCCUCGGCCUUGCCGUCAACCUCGUGGGGCUUCUCGUCUUCCAGGACUGGGGCGCCUGCUGCCGCCGUCGCCGCCGCCUGCCCGCCCUGCCACCCGCUGCCGCCACGCUGCAGGCAGUGCCCGGCAGUGCUCCGACAGGCGAGGCGGAUGAAGCAGGUGAUUCACCAAAUAACCAAAAAAGCCCUGAAGAGGGGCCUGAGAAGAAAAAAGAGAGAAAGUCUGAAGCCUUGAACAUCCGAGGUGUUCUUUUGCAUGUUAUGGGAGAUGCACUUGGAUCUGUGGUCGUGGUAGUUGCUGCUACAAUCUUCCAUGUACUUCCUCUGGGGAAUGCUCCCUGUAAUUGGCAGUGCUACAUUGAUCCAAGCCUGACAAUAAUUAUGGUGUUCAUCAUCUUGUCUUCUGCAUUCCCGCUUAUCAAGGAGACCUCAAUUAUUUUGUUGCAGAUGGUUCCCAAAGGUGUUAAUAUGCAACUACUGACUGACAGACUAGCUCGUGUACCAGGGGUUAGCAGCCUUCAUGAGGUGCAUGUCUGGGAGCUUGCAGGUGGGAAGAAUAUUGCUACUCUUCAUAUCAAGUGCCAAACUCCUACUGAUUACCAAGAUGCUACUUACAAAAUACGGAAGGUUUUCCACGAAGCAGGGAUCCAUUCUGUGACCAUCCAGCCCGAGUACAUUGACCACAAGACCUCCCAGCUACUGUGCAGCUCACCCUGCAUCUCAAAAGCUUGUGACUCUCAGCUGUGCUGCAGUCAGCGGGAGCCCCCCCUGGCUAAAACUAAUGGCUAUACUGAGAAAAACGAUAGUUGCCUUUCUGCACCGCAUAAAGACAAUGGUUCAAGUAAAAAUGAUAUUGAAAUUCCUAUUGAGUACCCACUGGCAGAGGGUAGCAUUAAAAAUGUAAAAAAUUGUGACAUGUCUGAUGACAAAUCACAGUUGAGCAGUACACGACUUUAG